CGUCAUCAAUAAUCUUUUUCUUUUUAUUUUUUAUAUUUUCAGGUAUUUGAACCAAGAAAUACUUCUGGAGCCUGCUAGGAAAUUAGGUUACAAAAUGGAGAAAAGUAGAGACCCAAAUAAACUGAAGGUUUCAAAGGAAAAAGGUGUCAACUUUUCUUGAAAUCAAAUAUCCUUCAUAAGAUGCAGGAGAAAUUCAUGAUGCUUGGUGGAAUCAAACCAAACCAAAACAACUACGCCAGAAAUGUAGAAACGAGACAAAAAUGAAGUGGGGGAGCUAACAUUAACACAUCAAGUUCCGCCGAUUCGGCAAAAUUAGCGCAAUUGAACAUGGGAGAAAAUCCACCAAGUGUACAGUGAACACGUGGACACAUGUGAAGACGACAUAAAAGUAAAGUAGUGAGAAUGGGGAAGCGGAAGAAAGGGACGGGGGAUCCAGAUCGGGAUGCACCCAGCAGCUUGUUCAUUCUCUCGGCCACAAACCCUAUUAGACGAAUGUUUAUCUGGUUUGUGAGCUGGAGAGGAUUUGAAUAUUUGAUUAUCAUGACGAUUAUUGCCAACUGUGUCGUCAUGUCUAUGGACACCCAUCUUCCUAACGGGGACAAAACCAUCCUGGCUCUUCAGCUGGAGGAGUUAGAACCCGUAUUUAUGGGAAUUUUUACAGUAGAGAUGUGCACUAAAAUAAUAGCAAUGGGCUUCGUUCUUCAUCCAGAUUCAUACCUUAGGAACCCUUGGAAUAUUAUGGAUUUUGUAGUAGUUGUGUCUGGAUUUCUGCCAAUGCUGAUGCCCAAAUCUGGAGAUGGGAAGACGACUGGUCCUGACCUCUCCACUCUUAGGACUUUCAGAGUUCUUAGACCUCUUAAACUCGUUUCCGGAGUACCAAGUUUGCAAGUUGUCAUGUCAGCAAUAGCUAAAGCUAUUGGACCACUGGUGAAUAUUGCACUCCUCCUUCUUUUUGCAAUUAUAAUUUUUGCAAUCAUCGGAUUAGAGUUUUAUGCCGGGGCCUUGAACAAAACUUGUUACGAUAUUCAGAACCUAGAUGUGAUAUUAACGGAGGUAUCGGAGGGAAUGCCGUGUACGGAGGGACCGGAGGAGACUGCCCCCCUAGGCAGCUAUACAUGCAGAGAGAAUGAGUCUAUUUGUCUGCAAAAGUGGGUUGGACCUAAUAAUGGAAUAACUUCAUUUGAUAAUAUUGGUCUAGCCAUGCUUACAGUCUUCCAGUGUGUUACGAUGGAAGGGUGGACGCCUAUCCUAUAUUGGACCAAUGACGCGAUGGGCAGUGUGUUUAACUGGGUGUUUUUUCUACCUCUGAUAGUAGUUGGAAGCUUUUUUAUGCUCAAUCUGGUUCUCGGCGUUCUAAGCGGAGAGUUUGCGAAGGAGAAAGAAAGAGUAGAGAGUAGGGCCGGGUUUAUGGCACUAAAGGAACAACAGAAAUUAGAGAAGGAGCUUACAGGGUAUGUUGAAUGGAUCUGCAGGGCGGAGGAUCUAGUUCUAGCUGAAGAUAGAACCACUGAAGCGGACAGAGAGCUUAUCAUGGAGGCUCGGAAGAAACAAACAGAGAAACUACGGAAACUGUCGAAAUUAAAUAAAUCUGAUUCUGUUGAAACUACCUCGGUUGAUGACGAUGGUAGUGAUAAUCCCGCCAACAAGGAACUCUGGAAAAAGGAGAAACAAUUGAGGUUCUUCAUCAGACGGUGUUGCAAGACCCCAGCCUGGUUCUGGUUCGUCAUUGUUCUGGUUUUCUUGAACACUUGUACAGUAGCAGUUGAACACUACAAUCAACCUGUCUGGUUAACGGAAUUCUUAUUCUAUGCUGAGUUGGUUUUCCUGGGUUUGUUUGUGUUUGAGAUGGGUAUCCGUAUGUACGCAUUAGGACUAGCUGCGUACUUUUCUUCAGCCUUUAACAGAUUUGACUGCAUAGUGAUAAUAGGAUCAAUUUUUGAGGUUCUGUGGGUUAACUUCCGACACAGAGCUGGCUCGUUUGGACUCUCAGCUCUCAGAGCUCUUAGACUUCUUAGAGUCUUUAAAGUAACAAAAUACUGGUCCAGUUUACGUAAUCUAGUUGUUGCUUUGAUGAACGCAAUUUCAUCCAUUCUCUCCCUCCUCCUCCUUCUCUUCCUCUUCAUAUUCAUAUUCGCGCUGCUCGGCAUGCAAUUGUUUGGCGGUCAAUUUAAUUUUCCUGAGGGGAGACCUACUUCUAACUUUGACUCAAUCACGAGUGCCUUACUCACGGUGUUCCAGAUAUUAACUGGUGAGGACUGGAAUGUUGUGAUGUACACCGCAAUUAACUCUAAGGGCGGGAAGGUGAAUGGUGGUAUAAUCUACUGCAUGUAUUUUGUUAUGCUCACAUUGUGCGGAGAUUAUACAUUACUCAAUGUCUUCUUGGCUAUCGCUUGUGAUUCAUUGGACCAAGCCGCAGCGCUGACUGAGUGUGAAAAGGCGGAGGAGGCGGAGAAGGAACGGCAGGCACAGGAGAUGGAGAAGCAGAAGGAAAGAGAGGCGCUUGCCCUGGCCAUCUUGAACGGUACAGCGGACAAGCUAGAGCUGGAGAAGAGGGAGAGAGAGGAAAAUGAGUGA